AUGGAAAAGGUUAGGCAUAAAUGUGGUUUUCCUAAUGGAAUAGAUGUUGAUUCGGAUGGCAGAAGUGGUAGUUUAUCUUUAGGUUGGAAUAGUGAUUCUAAGAUUACUCUUCGAUCUUUUUCACGAAGACACACUGAUGUCAUAAUUGAUGAGGACUUGGAGGGGAAAACUUGGAGAUGUACGAUGUUCUACGAAGCGCCAGAGGAGACUAUGCAUGAAGCAUCUUGGAACUUGUUACGAACAUUGAAUGACUCCCUAUAUAUUUCUUGGAUUGUUAUAGGGGAUUUCAAUGAAAUUGCAUUUUCAACUGAAAAGAAAGACGGGCUUCUAAGGAGGGAAAGACAAAUGUGUAGAUUUCAGGAUGUUAUGGAAGAUUGUUCUCUCACUAAUCUUGGUUAUAGUUGGCAGUGGUUCACUUGGGAAAAAGAUCGUAUAAGAAAUAAAAAUAUUCAGGAACGUUUAGAUAGAGAUCAUUGUCCUUUAUUGCUUAAUUCAAUUUUCGGAAAUCAACAUCCAAAGCAGGGGUAUUUUAGAUUUGAAACAACUUGGCUUUUGGAGGAAACGUAUGAAAUGGAGUUGCUUAAAUUGAAUGAAGCUAUUCCCACGGAUGAGAUUUUGGGAGAAAUUGUGGAGAUGAAACUGGCGCUUAACAUAGAGGCUGAUAGGGAUGAGCUUUAUUGGGAACAGAGAGCCAGAGCGAAUUGGCUGAAAAAUGGGGAUAGAAACACAAAUUUUUCCAUUGAUCAACAACGGAUCGUCGACGGAGAAAUUGGGUAG